AUGGCACACAGGCUACCGGAAUUUGAAGACGAAAAAGAUAAGUGGCAGGCGUACCUAGUCAAGGUUGAAGCCUAUUUCGAAGCGAAUGAUGUGAAGGACGAUGCUAUGCAACGAGCGCUGCUGGUAGCUGCGCUUGGAACAAGGACAAUAGAAAUUUUGAAUGGAAAGGUAGCCCCGCGAAAGCCUAACGCCCUGACCUACAAAGAAGUUGUGCAGACGUUAAACAGCUACUACGACCCGGUACCGAAUGAAAUUUCUGAAAGUUUCAAGUUCUUCCAUCGCUGCCAGCAAGAAGGGGAAUCUGUACAUGCAUUCAUAGUGGCAAUACGGCAGAUGGCACACAACUGCAAUUUUGGAACUAUGCUGGACAGAAUGAUAAGGGUCCGUAUUGUGGGCGGCGUCAGAUCCAAGAAUGCGCAGAAGCAGCUGCUAGCGAAGAAAGAUCUGAAUCUUGAAGAAGCCGAGGCUCGUGCCCUUGCCGCAGAGAGCGCUGAACGCGAUUCGCAAGGUAUUGUUACGGACCAAGAACAAGCAAGAUGGCUAAAGCUCUCUGGUUAA